AACUAAUGAUUUCAACUCCCCCUUAUAAAAUCUCUUUAAAACUCAUCCCCCAUGCCCACAUGGAGAAAACUCUAAAAAACUCCAUUCUCAACAAGUCCUUUCCUAUUUUCAUAUUAGACUCAUGCUUGAAAAUUCUAUCUGUCAGAGCCUGAGACCACUAAAAUAGAUAGAGAGAGGAGAGAGAGAGAGAGAGAGAUUGUGUUCAUAGUGAGGUUGUUUGGACUUUGGAAAUGGUGAGAGAGUUGUUGUGAAUUGAAUUCUAUGAAUAGUUAAUUUUGGUGGGCAUUGCUUGAAGUGAGAGUUUAGUGUUCUUGAGGACAAAAACAAGGGAGGUUUUUAAUGCUUAACAAAGAGAGCAGCAGCAUAUGAUCACUCAGGAAGAAGACAACCACACCAAUGUACUCAGAUACAGACAUCUCUAGAAGAGGAAUCACAGCUUCAAAAUUCCUCAAAAAUGGCCUCUAGCUACACAAAACUUUCUCCAAUAAUUGACAUCCUUGUUCUUUUCCUUCUUCUUGUUUCCAUUACUCUGUACUCAUUCACUUCUACAGCAGCAACAACUACAAACACCACCACUAAGUCUGCUGAAGAGUUUUACAAGUUUUCCAGGAUAAGAGCUCAUCUUAAGAAGCUCAACAAGCCUUAUCUGAAGAUAAUCCAGAGUCCUGAUGGUGAUAUCAUAGACUGUGUUCCAUCCCACCUCCAGCCAGCAUUUGAUCAUCCAAAACUCAAAGGACAGAAACCAUUGGAUCCACCAGAGAGGCCAAAAGGACAUUAUAACUCAACAACAACUGAUCAUGUCUUGAAUGACAGCAUCCAACAGUGGAGAGUUUCCGGUGAGUCAUGCCCGGAAGGGACCAUUCCCAUUAGAAGAACUACUGAAGAAGAUAUCUUGAGAGCUAGCUCUAUUAGGAGAUUUGGGAAGAAAACAGUUACAAGAGUUCGUCGUGAUUCCACUGCCAGUGGUCAUGAGCAUGCAGUUGGGUAUGUAAUGGGAGAGCAGUAUUAUGGAGCCAAAGCUGGUUUGAAUGUCUGGGCUCCAAGAGUGGCAAGCUCAUCUGAGUUUAGCUUAUCACAAAUAUGGGUCAUCUCUGGUUCCUUUGGUGAUGACCUCAACACUAUUGAAGCUGGAUGGCAGAUUAGUCCACAGCUAUAUGGAGAUAACAGUCCUAGGUUCUUUACUUAUUGGACAACUGAUGCAUAUCAAGCUACAGGCUGCUACAACCUCUUGUGCUCUGGUUUUGUGCAAACAAACAAUGAGAUUGCAAUUGGCGCAGCCAUCUCCCCCACAUCAACUUUCAAAGGUCACCAAUUUGACAUCAGCCUGCUUGUUUGGAAGGACCCGAAACACGGGCACUGGUGGCUGGAAUUUGGGUCAGGGUUGCUGGUGGGCUACUGGCCGUGGUGGUUGUUCAGUCACUUGGCAAAACAUGCAAGUAUGGUGCAAUUCGGAGGUGAAAUAGUUAACAGUGGUUCAUCAGGAAUGCACACGGCUACACAGAUGGGAAGUGGUCAUUUCUCCGGCGAAGGUUUCGCUAGAGCCUCAUACUUUCGUAAUCUCGAAGUCGUCGACUGGGAUAACAGUUUGAUACCCUUAAACAAUCUUCGGCUAUUGGCUGAUCAUCCUAAUUGCUAUGACAUCCGGGGAGGUUAUAACAGACCCUGGGGACAUUAUUUCUACUAUGGAGGUCCUGGAAGGAACGUCAGGUGUCCUUAAGUUUGUGGUGCUGGUUUUCUUAAAGGGCAGAGGUGAUUGAGUGAUUGAUUAUUAUUAUUAUUAUUAUUACUAUUAUUAUUACAUCACAACUUAUUUAGGUUCUUGUAAAUUUCAAAGAACCUAAGAUUCAUAUAUAUAGUGAAUAUAAAUACUUUUGUCUUGUGUUCAA